UAAAGUACAGCAAACUUAUCACAGAAACUAUAUGGAGGUCAAAUUAGGAUUAGUUGCAGGCUCUCACAAUAGCAACGAGUUCAUCAUCUUCAACAAUCCAGAUGCCAAUUUUUCCGCAAGAAGAGAGGAGAAGGAGGAAGAAAGAGGGAAAGGGUGCAAAAUAUGUGGAGAUGAGAUAGGCAUAAACGAAGAAGGAGAGGUUUUUGUGGCGUGCAAUGAGUGUGCCUUCCCCGUUUGUAGGAACUGUUAUGAGUAUGAGAGAAGAGAAGGCAGCCAUGUGUGUCCCCAGUGCAAAACCAGAUAUAAACGUCUCAAGGGGAGUGCUAGAGUUGAGGGAGAUGAGGAGGAGGAUGACGUUGAUGACUUGGAAAAUGAGUUUGAUUUCAAUGGACCAGGAAAAGAAGAGGAUAUGCACGUCCGCGUUUACUGUCAGGUUGAAGAUGUUGAAAUGGGAGAAGGGCACAAUAAUAUUAAUGCAAUAGUGCCUUCGAGCAUGGGCAAUAAGGUAAUUUCAAUUCAAGCAAGACCUAUGGAUCCUUCCAAGGACUUGGCUGCCUAUGGUUAUGGUAGUGUUGCUUGGAAGGAGAGAAUGGAACUUGGAAGCAGAAAC